GCAGCCAUCCCAGGGAGGCAAAGGGCUCGCAGGUGAAAUCAGUGCCCGAGUCUCCUCACUCCUUCCUCACGAGUUUCCCCAGCAAAAAUUCUCGGAUUACUCUGUCUCUGAUCCUAGACGUAUUAUUUUUUUUCGGGGGGCUGCACUAGGGUGGAGGGAAUAAAGCAGGUGAGUCCAAGGAGGGAAGUGGGGGAUAGUGCCCUUUUUCUGGGAAAAGCCGGGGUGCCUGGGCUCCCGCUCCUGUUGCUGGAAUCGCGAUGGAAGAAGGACCUGUCUUGCGUUUGGACUUUAUCCUCCUCAUCCUUUUGGUCCUUUUCCCCGGUGCGAGAGGCGAUGAUUUGCAGACCUGUGAAGAAGUUCGGAAACUUUUCCAGUUGCGGCAUCUGGGACUUGUCAAAGGGCUGCCGGAAACCCCUCGGGCAGGUCCUGAUCUUCAGGUUUGUACAUCCAAAAAUCCUACUUGCUGUACUAAAAAGAUGGAAGAGAGAUAUCAAAUUGCAGCCCGGCAGGAUAUACAGCAGGUCCUUCAGACUUCGAGUUCUACAUUAAAAUUUCUAAUAUCUCGCAAUGCAGCUGCUUUUCAAGGCAAGUAUCUCCUGAAAAUUUGGAGCUUAAUCUAAAUUUAUCAUAACUU